AUGGAGGUUUCAGACAUGUCUUUCUCAGUAAGCCUUGACAGUGGCCGAGGUUGCGAAUGGGGAUGCCGCAGCCUUUCCAGCUUGUUUGCUCAGAAGAGAAACAUUUUCAGUCCGUAUUUUUGGAAAAUGAUCACAGAAAUAAAGAAGUUUAAGGAAGACGUCCUAAAAUAUUUAGAAGAUCAGGAGCGUAACCUUGACAUGGACCGAACAAAAACCCUAGGAGGGUUUCUCAAGUCUCAUGGUUACUCUGACUUAUUUCAAAAGGCUUACUUGGUACCAGUAUGUAGUUUGAUAUGGUCAUGUCCAGCAGACAGUGUCCUUCACUUUUCGGCUUAUUCUGUUCUUUCAUUUUGUCGCAAUCACCAUUUGCUUCAGAUAUUUGGGAGGCCACAAUGGCUAACUGUUGCUGGACGUUCUCAGACAUAUGUGGCAAAGGUAAGGGCAGAACUGGAGCAACGAGGAUGUAAAUUCAGAACAAGUUGCAAAGUAGAAUCUGUUGCGACAUCUGAGGAUGGUUGUGUCAUAGUAACUACUGAAGAAGGAUCUCAAGAAGUAUACGAUAAAUGCAUAUUAGCUGUGCAUGCACCAGAUGCUCUGAAAUUGCUUGGAGAUCAAGUUACACAUGAUGAAACUAGGGUUCUCGGUGCUUUCCAGUAUGCUUACAGCGAUCUUUAUCUCCAUCGUGACACUGAUCUGAUGCCACGGAACACUUCUGCUUGGAGCGCUUGGAAUUUCCUAGGAGAUUCUGAAAAUAAAGCGAGCCUCACAUAUUGGCUCAAUAUAAUUCAGAAUCUUGGAGAAGAACGUGAUCCAUUCUUUCUCACCAUUAAUCCUGAACAUACCCCGAAGGAAACAUUGUUCAAAUGGACCACUGGUCACCCUCUGCCCUCUGUUUCCACUUGGAAAGCUUCUCAAGAGCUGCACAAGAUUCAAGGGAAGCGUGGUAUAUGGUUCUGUGGUGCAUAUCAAGGAUAUGGUUUCCAUGAAGACGGACUAAAGGCAUUGCUCAAUUACAUAAUUAAUACAGUUCAGUGUUCCUCUUGA